AUGAAUGAAAUAACUGAAUUCCCAAUUGUUGGAAGAGUUAACAGUUGUUUUGAUGAAAAGUGGGGUACUCCUAGGCAAGGUAAAUAUGGUUCAUCUAGUUUAGCAACUGUUGAAUUGAAUACCAAAGUUUUUAAUAAAGAUGAACUGCGAAUUUUAGAAAAAUAUUCGCAUAUUAUCCUAAUAUUUAUAUUUAAUUUGAACAAAAUAAAAAUUCACCAAAAGAAAAACUUUUCAUAUGCUGCAAAUACAGAUAUAUAUUUGAUUCAUCAGAAUGCAAAGGUGACUCCUCCUAAAAUAGAUAACGGAGAGAAAAGAGGAUGUCUAGCUACCAGAUCUCCUCAUAGACCGGUUCCAAUUGGAUUAACUAUCUGCAAUAUAAUGCAAAUCGAUCUAUUCAGUAUGAAAAUCCAAGUUGGCGGUGUUGAUAUUAUUCAUGGUACACCGAUUAUUGAUAUUUUGCCAUAUUCUCUAAAUCAUUCAAUUUCUAGAAAUAAAAUUUGUUCACCAAAUUGGGUAAAACCUGAAAAAAAUCAAGAAAUUACGAACCUAUGUAUUUACUUUUCUCUUGCCUCUUUUUUAGAUAUAUUAUCUAUUUCUAAUGUAAGAGAAUGUUCAAAUAUACAUUUUUUUGAGUAUGGAGCUCCUGAUAAAAAUUUUAAUAAAUUAUAUGGUUUCAUAAUUGAAAUUCUGAAGGCCGAUCCACGAUCAAGAUAUUCAAAAAAAAAAGUCAACCACAAACUUUUUGGAAUGAAGUUGUUCAACAAUUUUCAAUUAAUAUACUGGCAUCAUGAAAAAUGUAUCAAAGUAGUACGUUUUUUACACAUUGACAAUUUAAUAGUUAAAGGUUUAAAUCCAAGAACUGUAAAUUGGUACAAUCGAAUAAAAAAUUUUGUGAUAUUAGAAACUUAA